AAGGCGGAUGUACUAGCACACAAAUGUAGGUACUUAGAUUGUUGAAUAUGUCCAAUGAGUUCUUUGAGUAAUUAAUACAUUAUCUGCCAAAGUCAGUCAUAUAAAGAUGAACUAGAGUUUGACAUGUUAUUGUAUUUAUGAAACGAGUUAACUUUAGCUGAUCCUCGAGAUUGUGCUUUUAGUUGUCUCUCAUGCUACAUGUAACUUGAUAACACGAGCACCUGCUGUGAAAUUCAGACUUGAUGACAAUUUCUGGGAAGUACAGUUACAGUAGGGAAUUGUUUGACUAUUGACUGUUGUAGCUAGCUUGCUGUCUCAAUGAGGACUGUUCGAGCACUGCAGAGAUUAAGAGGAGUCCUUGUCCGCCCUUGUCCACCACCAUUAUUUGUUAGAUCAUGGAGCGUGGCACAGAGCCAAAGUUUCUCAAGCAGCUCAGCAGAGAAACCAAUGCCAGGAAACUCGAUGCUCAGACACCUAACCUCCAAGAUCAAAGCCACAGGUCCUAUCUCAGUGGCAGAGUACAUGAGAGAGGUUCUUACCAACCCAGUCAUGGGCUAUUAUGUGCAGAAUGAUAUGCUUGGGCCAGAUGGAGAUUUCAUCACAUCACCAGAAAUUAGUCAGAUUUUUGGGGAGUUGCUGGGGAUCUGGUGUUUGAGUGAGUGGAUGGGAGCAGGGAAGCCCAGUCACUUCCAGUUAGUGGAGUUUGGACCAGGAAGAGGCUCCUUAGCCAAUGACAUUCUCAGAGUUUUCAGUCAGCUGCGUGGGGCCCUGGGUGGGGCUGCAGUCUCAGUGCACCUGGUGGAGGUGAGUCCUAAACUGAGCCAGGUCCAGGCCCAGUGUCUAACAGGAGACCAGAGCCAGGUGUCAGCCAGCGAGGAUGAGCCUGUGUACCGCCAAGGAACCGCCACCACAGGCCUCCCCAUCUCCUGGUACCGCAACCUGGAUGAUGUCCCCAGAGGCUUCAGCAUCUACCUCGCUCAUGAGUUCUUUGAUGCCUUACCCAUCCACAAAUUCCAGAGAACAGAGAAGGGCUGGAGGGAGGUGAUGGUGGAUAUUGACCCAGAUGAGCCAGGCAAGCUGAGGCUUGUCAUAGUGCCAGCUCCCACUCUAGCCUCUACACAACUCAUACAGGCAGAUGAAAAGAGACGGCACGUGGAGGUCUGCCCGGAGGGAGGGGUCAUCGUCCAGCACCUAGCCAAUCGGAUCACCGAGGAUGGCGGUGCUGCACUGAUUGCUGACUACGGGCACGACGGGACCAAGAUGGACACGUUCAGAGGUUUUAAAGGGCAUAAGCUCCAUGAUGUCCUAGCCUCGCCCGGCUCUGCUGACCUGACUGCUGAUGUGGACUACAGUUACCUGAGGAGGAUGGCUGGAGCUACGGUGGCCUGCAUGGGCCCUGUCUCUCAGAAAGACUUCCUGAAAAAUAUGGGAAUCGAUACACGCUUACAGGUGCUGCUGAGGAACUGUGCAGACCCAUCCACAAGGGCCCAGUUGAUCCAGGGCUAUGACAUGCUGACCAACCCCCUGAAGAUGGGCGAGAGGUUCCAGUUCUUCACCAUGCUCAACCACAAUCGGCUCACCAGGCCCGAGCCUGAGCAGUCCAAGGGGGGGGAGAAGAUGGCCCCAGUGCCCAAGAAGGGCCCAGCGCCCCUGCCAGUGGCUGGCUUCAGUGAGCUUGGCCUUUCGUAAAGAACAGACAUAGAGACUCACCACGUGUAUCAACUCACUUAAAAGUUGCACUAUACCUUGAUUAUACAUUUAUAGUUUAGCAGACAUUCUUAUCCAGAGCAACUUAGAAUAGUGAGUUCAUACAUUUUCAUACAUUUUUUUUUACUAGUCCCCAGUGGGAAUCAAACCCACAAACCUGGCAUUGCAAGCGCCAUGCUCUACCAUCUGAGCCACACAUGAUUAUAUACACAAGACUUUUGGUUUGAAAAGUUGAACCGAAGUGCUGAUAAAAUCCUAAGAAUUAUGUACCUUGCCUCACUGAGGGAAGAUGGUGGUUGCCAUCUUUCUCUAUCAUCUACAUGUUCAUUAGACCAACAUACCUUGCCUCACUGAGAGAGUGGUAGACAAUGUAACUUUGAUCAGUCGGAAGAACGUCACUCUAGGUCACAGUGUCUGAAGCUAUAGGAAACCAUUCAUGGCCCUUGGCCACGUGGUGCCUGGCUGUCUCCACAUCUUGAAGCAAUCUGGUGAACGUGGAGUUAGUAGAUAGCAUAUGCAUCCCAGAUGACAUCCUAUCACCUAUAUAGUGCACUACUUUUGAACAGAGCCCUAUGGGCCCGGGUCAAAAGUUGUGCACUACAUAGGCAAUAGGGUGUCAUUUGGGACACAGUCAGCCAUUCACAGCAUGCUGUGUUUUGCUCUGACAGGCUCUCCCUCACUGCACCAGUAGCAAUUAAAGGAUACUAUUACACAGGGCGAUUACCGUAGCCAUAUUAACCAGCCCAAAAAACUGAGCGACCCGAACAUAAAGCUAUCAUAUUAAAGACUUAAUGAGUCAUAUCACAUUAAAGACUGAAUGAUUAAAAGUCAUUACAAAACAUU